ACUAAACACCUCCUAAAAUGAUGCUUCACAAAUGGUGUCAGAAUUGCAUGGAUAAGUACAAGAUAGCUCCAUAGCGCUCUACGACGGCGUCGCUUCUUCCUUCCGGCCGGCCGGCCACCAUGUCGUCGUCGUCGGCGGCGGCGGCGCCAGCGCCAGCCCACGCCGUGUUCUUCCCGUUCCCGGUGCAGGGCCACGUCGCUCUGGCGCUGCACCUGGCUAAGCUCCUCCACGCCAGGGACGGCGUCCGCGUCACCUUCGUCCACUCCGAGCGCAACCGCCGCCGCGUGCUCCGCUCGCGCGGCGCCACCGCGCUCGACGGCGCCCCGGGGUUCCGCUUCGCCGCCGUUCCCGACGGCCUGCCGUUAGACGGGGACGCCGACGCUCCCCCCGGCAUGCUCCCCCUGCUCGUCGCCAUAAGGUCAACCGUGCCGCACUUCAAGAACGUGCUCGACGACGCCGCCGCCUCCGGUGACCCGGCCACCUGCGUCGUCUCCGACAUGGACCACAUCUUGCUCGCCGCCAGGGACAUGGGCCUUCCGACGGUGGUGCCCUGGGUGCCCAGCGCCUGCGGCCUCCUGUCGUCCCUGCACUACCAGCAGCUCAUCGACCGAGGCCUUCUUCCUCUCAAAGAUGCUGAGCAGCUGAGCAAUGGCCACCUCGACAGCACGGUGGUCGACUGGGUGCCGGGGUUGCCGGCGGACAUGCGCCUGCGCGACUUCGGCAGCUUCAUCCGCACGACGGACCCCGACGACGCCGUGCUUGCCAUGUACGUGUCCUACAUGGAGUGCCUCCGGACCACGCCGUCCGCCGUCGUCCUCAACACGUUCGACGAGCUGGAAGGCGAGGUCGUCGCCGCCCUGUCGCGCCUCCUGCCGCCGGUCUACACGGUCGGGCCGAUCCCGCGGCUCGCCGCCGCGCACGUCGCCGGACGCGGCCCGGUCGACGCGCUGGGGGCGAGCCUCUGGCCGGAGGACAGCCGCUGCCUCGAGUGGCUCCGGGGCAAGCUGCCUCGCUCCGUCCUGUACGUCAACUUCGGCAGCAUCGUCGUCGUGACGAGGGAGCAGCUAGUGGAGCUCGCGUGGGGCCUCGCCGCAAGCGGCCACCAGUUUCUCUGGGUGAUUCGAGACGACCAAGCCAAGAACGGCGGCGGCGGCGACCCAGCCGACAUGUUCCCGCCGGAGGUCGGCGAGAGCAUAGAGCAUAGAGCGGAGGUCGGCGAGAGCAUAGAGCGGGAAGCGGUGGCGAGGAUGGUGAGGGAGGUGAUGGGAGAAGAUCGUGGGAAGGAGAUGAGGCGGCGCGCCAUGGAGUGGAAGGAGAAGGCGGCCAUGGCGGUAGCACCUGGUGGUAGUUCAUGGGUCAACUUGGAAAAGUUGGUCAAGGAGAUGUUUCUCUCCACAGAUUAA